UGUCUUUUUCACUUUUUCCUUUUUUUUAUAUUCAUAGAGAGAGAUACUAUUAGAGUGAAAAGAACUGGAAAAGAAAAAAUAGAGUUAUUGUAUCAAAGGAGUUUAGUAUUCUUUUCGCUAUCUUUUUCACUAUUUUCGUAAUCAGUAGUAGAUUAUGUCACAACAACGAGACAGGCCUGUACCUGCAGCACACAAAAUAGCCUUAAUUCCUCCUUCUGUGAUGGAAUUUCCAGUUCAACGGCGAUGGGCAGCCACCAUUUUCGCAGCAUUAUUGGCUUGGAAAGCAACGCAAUUCAUUUCACUUUGGACUUCUUCCGAUCCUGAACUCUAUAGUCGAGUGCUAUUCAAGUCGUUUCUUUUGGACACUUUGUAUUUCUCUGUGCUUUAUAUUGUCAAAAUUCCAUGGCUUCAGUUUAGUCUUUUAAAAACCCUGCUUUUGAUAUUUGGCAUGUAUGGUAUUGGAGCCUGUACAUUUAGUUUACCCUUCCUUGGUGUGUCUACCUUACUUACCAAAGGCAUAUUUGGUGAUACGAUUGGUAAACUCACAAGUGUUUCUCAAGGCAGACCUGUCAAUAUAAAAGAUAUUAUCUUUAAUUCCUCACAUAUCCUCGGUCGACACACGGUUCAUAUUCUUCCUUAUGGUACUGCCAAACUGAAUCCUAAUGACGAAGUGUAUUGUUUGCCCAGCACAGACCUUGGAAGAAAAGACAUUUAUAUACCCAUCAUUCUAAACAACACUAUGCCUCGCCAAAUCACGCUUUCUCGCCACGAAUUUGAGACUGGCACCACUUCCACCAAACACUACUCUGGAAAAGAAAUCAUUCGGGCUACUGAAAUUGGAAGUGCUCAAGAAGGUAUUGAGUAUUAUUAUGUGCGUAUUCGUAAGCCAGGUGCCUACAAACUCGAAAAAAUUGUGUCCAAAGAUGGUGUGGAUGUGCGUCUGUAUAACAGAGUCGCUUAUAUUUUUACUUGUCCUUAUGCUCGGUUCAAACCCAUGCAAGCGCAUGAUUAUUGUACAGGCGAUACAGAUACACUUCAAUUGGAAGUAAUGGGUGUGCCUCCUCUGCAUGUCGAGUAUAAGCGAAAGAACGAUCAUGAACGUGACACGAAGCUCAAGUUGGAUCGUAUUCAGCCUGAUCAUUUUGACUCGCCUCUGUUGCAUCGUUCUCGAGACCAAAGUGUGUUGGAUCCUGCUUUCUUUGCCUUUAAGGCAGACGAUGAUUAUGCCUGGGCUGCUGUUCAACAUUUGAAUGUGAAUUUAAGCCUCAAAUUUGAAAGUGCUUCUAUACAAGACUACAGUCUAUUGCGUGUCAUGGAUGGUGCUGGUAAUGAAAUUGAUCUUUCUGGUCUUAACCAUGUCUCAUUUGAUGUCCAUGGUCGUCCUCAAGUCAAAUUCCAAUGCAGUCAAACAGACCCUGCUGUUCUCUUGAUGGGUGCCAAAUCAUCUCAAUUACCCAUCUCACUUGAAGGUGCUACUCCCUUCCAUAUUGAAUACACAUGGAUGGUGGAAGGCAAACAACAAACCUACAAGAUUAAAUUAAACCAUGGCGAAACCUCACUUUCUGUUUCUGAACCAGGGGAAUACAGUCUUGUGUCUGUCAGUGAUCAGUAUUGCCAAGGUCAAGUCUUGUUUCCCUCUACAUGUCAAGUGGUUCAACCUCCUUUCCCUGCUGUCAAACUCCAGUCGUUGCCUAUUGCUUCUGAAUGUGCUGGAGAUAAUGAAGUGGGCAUGAAGUUUGUUGCUGAAUUCACUGGGGCUCCUCCUUAUGUCCUUGAAUACACGGUCUCUAAACAAAAUGGUCGGUCUAAGACAGUCGUUGAACGCAAGCGUGAACAUGUCGAUCGUUCUCGCCACAUCUUUAGUUAUUUGCCUAGUUCCAGUGGUGAAUAUACCUACGAAUUCACUUCUUUAGAUGAUCGUUACUACAAGAAACGUCCAACAGACAUUGUUUCCAUCAAGCAAAUCGUUCAUCCUCAACCUGAUGCCAAGUUUAUUUCCAACACACGCCGUCCUGUCCGUACUUGUUUGGGUGAAGAUUUGACGGCCAGUGUUGAGUUGCGUGGUACUGGACCUUAUCGUUUGUUCUGGACUGUGGAUGAUCAGUUGUAUUCCGAUGUGGUUGAAACUGAACGCUACACGAUUCGUUUGCCUCCCUUUGAACGUCCUGGUCAACAUAUUGCUUCGCUUGUCAAGAUUGAAGAUGCCAAUGGCUGUGUCAAGGAAUUAGAAGCUCGUGAUUAUACAAUCGAAGUGCGUCGUGAUCGUCCCACCGCUUUCUUCUCAACCGAGGGUCAAGAUGUGCGUGUGGUCGAGACGACCGAAGGCUCAGGUGCAGACUUGCCUCUUCGCCUAACAGGAGAAGGUCCAUGGACAGUGUCUUAUCGCCAUGUGGAAGAAGGCGAUCGUAGUCGAGUCACCAAACGAUUCAGUGAUCCCAACGCCUGGGUCCAUGUCACCAAGGCAGGUCAUUACGAACUUGUAUCGGUGGAGGACGCGAUCUGUAAGGGUGAUCCUUUACCUUACCAAUACCUUGUGAAAUGGAUCGAUAAGCCUACGAUUUCUAUUCCUGAAGAUCAAGCUGUGAUGAUUAACGAGCAUGUCUAUGAACGUCCUGCUGUUUGUCAAGGUGUUACAGAUGCCUUUGCUGUGGCUUUCUCUGGUCAAUCUCCCUUUUAUGCUUCCUACAAGGAGUAUCGCAGUCCCUUGGGUAGCCGUAGUUUCAGUCUGAUUGGACAAGAAGACAUCACACCAGGUCGUGAUCGUGCUCGUAUUCCUCUCAAGACACGCGAAAGUGGUAAAUAUAAGUACGUGUUUGAAAGACUGGCCGAUCAACGCUACACGAAUCCAUUCAAGAUCAGGCCCUUACAAAUUGAACAAGUCGUACAUGCUAUACCUACAGUCAAGUUUAGUAGUAAAUCAGCUCGUAAGGAUCGCACAUUAUGUGUAGGUGAUACUCUUUCCAGCCCAGACAUGGACCCCCUCUUCCUUGAGUUCACUGGUGUAGCCCCCUUCCGUGUUGAGCUAGGCUUGCGUCUUCAAUCCGAAUUGAAUGGUCGCAUUAUCUCAUUAGACAAUAUCAUGACAAACAAGUACAAGCUUGAAUUACCUAAUGAAUUAAGCGAGGCCGGCACAUAUCUGAUUCGACUUUUGACAGUGAACGAUGCCAAUGGCUGUGGCACCCAAGUGUCUGAUCAAGAAGAUGCUGUUGUGUCUAUCAAGGCACUUGAAAUUCCUUUGAUUGCACCUACUGAACUAUGUGAAGAUGUCUGUGUGGGUGAUAAGAUCGAGUUUGGUCUUUCUGGCAUGGGUCCUUUCAGUGUCCAAUACUUGUUUAAUGGUAAAAACGAGAUUGCCAAGACAUCUACUUCUAAAUUAACCAUGAUUGCUGAUCAACCUGGUAAUAUCACGGUUGUUUCUGUGGGUGAUAAGCGAAACAAAUGCCGCUCUUUCCCUAAGCAGCUGUCGAAACAGAUUCAUCCCAUUCCUUCUUCCAUCAUUAGUGGUGGUAAAGACAUUAUUGAGAAUAUUCAUGAAGGUGACAUGGUACAAGCCAUUGUUGAUUUUGUGGGUACACCACCUUUUGAUUUUGAAUGGCGUCGUAGUCGAUUAAUCUGGGAUAAUAAGAAUAACCGCCAUUAUAAAGGUGAAGUACUUGAAAGCCAUAUUGUUACUGGUGUACAAGAACAUCGUUAUUCUAUUAACACAUCUGUUGAGGGUAUUAUUGAGAUUGUUAGUAUUAAGGAUCGUUAUUGCCAUUAUCCCAUUUAAAUAAACU